GUGCGUUAAGUAAUGGACCAGUCGAUGAUGAUAAGAGAAUGAAGAAAGAAAAAAACACUCCCACCAACACCAACACCACCACCACUAAAAAAAGAAAGUAGAAGAAAAAAAUGUUGACGCGAAAAUGUGCUGGGUUUACUUUAACCGAGACAAUGCAGGACUCCAGUAUGAUGUCCGGAUUCUACCCACAAUCUAUGAGUUACCAUUCUACCGCCCAGGCCGGUUCCACCACUCCUUUCUCGGUCAAAGACAUCCUGUGUCUCGCUCAGCAACAGCACCACCGGUACCCUACGCCGGCCAUGCAAGCCUACCAGCAAGAACACAAUCUCUUCCCUCUACCCGAUGAGUCGUUCCUGGUCGAGAACACCGUGUUCCCGUGUGAUAUAACAGCUACCUCCGAAGAUGCCAGAUCGUCUUGCUCCUACCCUACCUUGGGCUACCAAGACAUCGCUCCAGCAUCCUCAUCUCCUCUCGACCAGAAAGUUCCAUCCUUAUCCCAACACCAGACAGUUUCAUGCCAAGAGGUGUGUCGAUCCAUGGAAACAAAGAGGAACACCGCAAACCACCAACAUCACAACCACCACCACCAGCUGGGAGGGCCCGGGGACAAUAGCAACAAACCACCCUCCAAAACCCGCCAGCGACGCAAGCCCCGUGUCCUCUUCUCUCAGGCCCAGGUCUACGAGCUCGAACGGCGCUUCAAGCAGCAGCGGUACCUCUCGGCACCGGAGCGGGACCAGCUCGCCGCCCUGCUCAAACUCACCCCAACCCAGGUCAAAAUAUGGUUCCAGAACCGACGCUACAAGAGCAAGCGCCAGCGGCAGGACAAGAGCCUCGAGCUUACCGGUCAGCAGUACCCUCCCCGCAGGGUGGCGGUGCCCGUACUCGUCCGAGACGGUAAACCAUGCAUUGGGAAUCUAGGCACCACGCCCUCGCCACACCCACCUCCCCCGCCACCUCCUCCCCCACCCUACGGAUACACUUGUGGUAAUUACAAUUCUGGAGUGAGCCAAGUGACAUCUAAUGGACGUUAUGUCAAUGCGUGUACGUACCCUAGUGGGUUACCAGCGGGAGGUGGAGUGCAUACCAACGGCGCCAGCGUUUAUUCUCAACCCGGUAAUAUACAACAAGCCGUCAGGACAUGGUGAAAUUGCGAAAAUUAAGUUGAGGCUAAAACAAAAAGUUAGGGCUCUUUCCCGUAGAGUAGACCUUGGAUGUGUUGUACUGCUGGGCCGAGAGGACAGUGAUAUGCUGUAAGCCAAACCAUUGAUGACGAAAAGUAUAGUCCAAUCACGCACUGGUUGCGCAAAUUGUAUCGCCACACCCCCAGUGUUGAUCCGCCCGUCCGAAGAUGGAUAUCGCCCGCCGAGUUUGCGAAGCUUUGCCGUCGAAGUAUCUGACAGUUACGACAUUUGACGUUCGAACGUUUACAGCGUUAAAAUAAACACUGCCAUAUCCCUCGCUAUUCGAACUAUUAACCCAGUUUCUAUGUAGGAUUUGAAACUUUUACAUGGUGAAAGUAUAACCGCUGCUCUAUGAUAUAACCAAAAGAAGUUUGCGAUAACACCAUGUGAAUAUCUUUUUUUGACUAAGUGGUGGUGGUUCUAAAAACCACUGGUUCUUUUCACAACCACGAGUACCCAUAAGAGAUAUUCACAUGGUGCUACCGCAAAUCUCUCUAAACCCAGUUUCUAUAAAGCAUGUAAGCAGAUGUUUACUGCUUAGUAUAGUUUAAAGUUCAUUGCCACUGUAAGGCAAAGGAGAGGGGCAAGCUUAGCUUACUGACUGUCGGUUCUUGUAAGCACAAGAGUGACUGAUUCAACAAAGCCUAACGCGUCCACGAAAUGUCAAAUAUGUUUGAUCGUUUAUAAACUGCUCUUCACAGCUUUUAUAAACCCGGCCCUCUCGUGGUAGUUAACGGUUAUGUAUAACCCAUACCAAUUUAAUUAGUGCUUUGUAUGUCAGGGGGUCAUUAAAAAUGCGCCCCUAAAAUUCUUUAUAUUAUUAUUAUAUAAAUGUCUUUGUAUAUAGGUAACGUGUAACGUAUAUAUUAAUUCAAAGUAAUAAAACACUUUUACAGGCUGUGUUAUUGUACGGGCGCGGCAGUUUCUCAUGGACGACGAGGGCGCCUCGGAAAUUUGAGGGAACAAAAUCCAACAUUUCAAGGGGCACCUAGGCAAUGACCAGGGGCAAAGAGAUGACUAAUUGCCUCAAUUGACUCGUCCUUGAAUUAUCGGGCCUUUAUGUGAUUUUUUUUUUGCGAAGCUCUUAUGACCAGCCACAAACACAAAUACUUACACGUAGCCCUGGCUUGUUGUCUGCACGAAAAACAAUAACUUGGACGAAAGAGGGUAAAAAACGAUAAUCAGUCAUAGAACUCUAAUACAUUUCUGGAUUAUACAUUUCUGGAGAUUUCUUUCCAUUUGAUGUCAUUUAUUUUUUAGGCAGCGAAAAAUAACAAGAGCAAAGUUUCUUUAGUUUUCAAGGUAAAACCAAUAUCCUUCUGUUUUAUCUUUUGUUUUCACUCGUCAAUGACAUUAGUAGUUGUGAAAGUUGGAAGAAUAAAUCUACAUUUAUGAAUGUCGAAAACUUGAAUAUGUAGCUGGACCCAAACUGUGCCGAUCGUCACACUUAUUAUCUCUGGAAAGAACACCAGAUAGUGAUAGGCCUACUUAGAACCAAAUCAAAUAGGUUUUGUUUUCUCCGAAACAGAAGCACCAUUAGUGUACAGUUUUACUUUGUGAUAAAGUUCCGAAUGGAUGGUAUAUGUUUGGUCACCACUCCCCAUUGGAAAUAAAAACCUGGUUAUAGAAGCCCAUAUACAUCAGCUUUCGAUUGUAUAACACAUUUUUUGAGAAACAUUUCACUUCGAGGUAAUGUAGUCACGUAAAAAUCUACAUGUAUCCGUUUUUAUGCCCAAACUUUUGAACCAAGAACGUAUCUGUCAGAAACGUUUCUCGUUUUUGUAUUCCUAUAGGGAUUAUUCCUCCUUAGUGAAUAGUGGUCGUAUUCACUCAAUAUCUCGAAAACGCGACCCCCUUACCGCACUAUAAAUGAAAUGUUUACAGGUUUAAACAUUAAAACAAUC